AUGGAGAGCAAGAUUGGCACUAGUUCGGUGGCCCUAGAGGCGCUGCCCACCAGCAACCCGGUGACAACUCUGACGGCUCAAGACCUACAGGACAGUCUAGUGGAGCAGUCGCUCUCGGAGACGAUUCUCCUGCAAAACGUCACCUUUGAUGCCAAUCUCUUUGAUGGGCUCAACUUGGAGCUGGACGGGUGCGGUAACGUUGGUUCAGGAGCCAGCUCUGCCUCUUCUGCAGGCACCUCUGUCAUUCACCACAACAGCUCUGCCCACCAGCUAGGCACCACCAUUGAUCUUAGCAGCAUCAGCUCGGAUGCCAUUACUCAAAACUCUUUUGAGCAAAUGAACCUCCUCGAGACGCUUGAGUUGCAAAUCAUCAAGGAGGUUCAGCAGCAACAGCAACAGCAGCAGCAGCAGCAGCAGUCAGCAUCGCCGAGCAGUGGCGCUUUUCUCACCUCGUCCUCAGACCCUCUAGUCAGCUCAACGACGACCAUUUACACGUACGAAAAGGACCAGGACCAGCGACUGGCCGCAGACUCAACCGAUUUUAAAGCGGCGACCACUUCUUUUUCUGGCGUCUUCAGCAAGUCGCCACUGACAGUGGCCGUAAAAACUGAGCCAACCGAUGGACAGAUUAUCAAAAUUGGCUCUGCUGAAUCGGGAGCUCAUCAGCUUCUCACCGUCUCUGAGGGCGCACUUCAGCCGCAGCCUCAUCAGCAGUCGGUGAUACUGCAUCGAAGUGAUGUCUCCAACUGCACUACCUCGUCCAUCACCGAGCUGCGCAACUUGGCAGCCACCACCAGCAAUGGCAGCAUUUGCGGGGACAAGGCCAUCUACCUGCCCAUAUCGACGGCGGCACUUUCACUUGCCAACAUGAAGGUCGUCGGCCAGAAUGUGGUCGCCUUUAUCAGCGACCACCACCAGCAACAGCAGGAGCGAUCAGCACUGUCUACAGAGAAACAGUCAUCCACGGCGCUGGGGGCGGCUGGGACCGGACAGCAGCAGCAACAACAACAACAACAAACUCGGCUGAUAAUCAUUGAGGAGAAGAAGCAGUCGACAGGACAACUGACGUUGACGACCACCACUGCUUCGACGUCCACUUCCACUGCCACUCGGCCCAGUUCCAAGAGCGCUGCUGCCACUGCCGCUGCCAAAGAGUCAAAGGCAAAAGCGGACAACCAGAAGAACAGCAGCGCUGCUUUGGCGGCCACAGCAGCAAAGAGCAACAACAGCAGCAGCAGCAGCAACUCUGCAUCAUCUGUCAAGGAAGCAAAAG